GCGGCACCGAGAUCGUGGCGGCAGGAACGCAGCAGGGCAUGAUGAGAUUCACGACAGGCGACAUCUUGAUCCGAAAAGCGCAUCGAGGGAAGCUGCAGGAAGUGGUGUACUUGGUCCAAGACAUCUUUGUCGAUGUGAACUACCGCAACCAGAAUGGAUGCACUCCGUUGCAUGCGGCUGCUGCGUCUGGGCAAUUGGAAGUCGUACAAUGGCUCCUCGGCGUCCCCGAGAUGAAACCUGCCGUCGACGACAGCGGCCAGACGGCGCUCCAUUAUGCCGCGUUCUACGGACAUCUGGAAGUGGUGCUGGCGCUGGUAGAGCACGGCAUCCCAUUGAAUCUCAAGGACAAGUUUGGACGCACCCCGCACAUUGCGGCGGCAUUGAACGGCCAUUUGGACGUGGUCAAGUUCUUGGUUGAAGAGUGGGUGCAGCCCAUCGACAUCAACUCGAUCGACGAGUACGGGGGCACAUGCUUGCAUUGGGCGGCGUCGAAAGGCCGCAAGGACGUGGUCCAGUACCUCUGCAUGGCCGGCAUCGACAUCCACGUCACGAGCUACGACAACCGCACGGCGUACCAAUUGGCCAAAGAUAAGCACAAGAGCAAAUGCAUGCAGUUUCUCAAGUCGUGGUUUGACAUUUCCCAAAAAUUCGUCCACGCCGCUGAAGACGGCAACGACGACGAGAUCAAACGCAUUCUCGCAGACGUCAACCACGCGUACCCCCUUCGCUUUCUCAAGGACAAGAAUGGGAAAAAUGCCAUGCACUGGGCCGCAGGAUCGGGUCAUCUGUCGACGCUUCGCAUCCUCGCCGAGAGUUUUGACCUGUGGACCGACGUGGACAAGUUCGGACGCAAUGUGUUGCACUGGGCGGCGUUGGGCGGGCAUAAGGACUGUGCUUUGUGGCUGAUCAAGCACACCCGGGACCCCCAUGCCCUGCAACGCCCGACGUUGACCAACAAAACCCCGUCGCGGUGUGCGUUUGAAGCAGGGCACAGCGCGCUCGCGUCUCGUUUGCAGGCGUGGGAAAAGGGCAACGCCGAGUACGCCCUGCCCGACGACGACGUGGGGGCGUUCAAGCCGAGGGACCAACAACGGUCGUCGCCCAAUGGCCCGUUGUCUCAAAACCGAGACAUCAUGUCAGUGCGCAACUGGUUGAAACAGUUGGAAUUGGGCGAAUACACCGAGUCGUUUGAAAAGGACGGCUUCGACACGCUCCGCGGCGUGGCCACCAUCGACGAAGGCGAUCUCAUUGAAAUGAAUGUCAAAAAAGGCCACCGACGAGGGAUUUUGCAGCACAUUGAAGACCUCAAGAACCAACUGGCGGCAUUCGAUGACCAGGCCCAGCUGUCGGGGGUCGAGCCGGACGCAUUGCCGACGCUGAGCAUGCUGCCCCAACUGGUCAAGACACCGAGCGCCACCCAACUCCAAGCGCUCAUGAACCAAUCCGCUUCGAUCAACAUUCCCCCUCCGUCUGUCUCGUCUGGCCCGAUGGAUUACACGAAUUCCAACUAGUUUGUCAUAUAUCGAGUAGUAACUACUAUUAGUAUUACUACGUAUGAAUUAUAAGUGUUAGC